AUGGCGUCGACUUGCAUGACUUCGAAGAUUCCCUUGAGCGAUCUAGAAGGUGAACAUUGGAAUAUACGUUCAAGCCAGCGAACGGACAUCCUGAAGCAGUUGGAAACGCUUUUAAAUGAUGUGACCACCGUGCUUCUGGGCUUUGUGCCAAACCGCGGGUGUUUCGAAAUUGGAGAGCAUGAUUCGCGAUGGUUACACCACGCAAGUGUAAAGAGCAGCGCGUCAUCGAUGCGUCGGUCAUCUUCGGCGAGUGACCAGGUUCGUCAGCGUGCAUCCUCACAGGAUGGUCCUAUCCAGAAGCGGCGCAUAUCUAUCUACCCAUCCUGUCUUCUUAGAGCGGCACAGCGAGAACCAAGAGCUUCUCAGAGAUUUUGGGAUCUCCUGGAGAUAUUCUGGGAGAAGGAACGGGUGGAUAGAUGGAGGACAGAACUCUUUCGGGAUUCGCCAAACCUGACUCCUUAUCCUGUCGACACUUGCUCGAAUAUUCUUAGUCUCGAUAAACGUGCCCAUGCGCUUUGGGGGGCGGGUAGGUUCGCGCUGCGACCUGUGGCUUUGUCUGCUAAUCGAAAGGCGAUGCAAAUCGAAUUCUACUGGCAAAAAAAAAAACCCGCGCACGGAAAAGAUGAAAUCAACUUACUUAGUGAACCGGAGACAUCUCGGGGCCUCUAUGAUUACGACGAUUGUGAGGGUCUGUCUUUUAUAACAGGCAAGAGGGAGCAGAACGGCCAGCCUAGGUACGGGGCUCUUGUAUCUGGGCAGAGAGUUACCGUUAGCACGGAUGAUCCGGAUAAACGACCGCUCCCGAGCUGGGAUCUCCUAGAAAUGCGAUGGGUAUUACAGAGAGUCGCUGGGAUGAGCGGGGCCGCCGAACCCUCGGAUCAUAAACGUGAAGACAGUGGAGAUACUGACGAAAUUGUCGUGGACCGUGAGGCGCCCAUCCAACGUGUUAGAGAGGUGUUCAAAUGGUUGGACUACAUGCCCGAAGAGAAGAAGUUUGCAACUGAUUUGCCCUCAACCUCAAAACUUGCAUUGCAAUACGUUUGCACUCCACAGAUGCCAUGCCAUGACAUCUUCGGGGAUCCGGCGUAUAAAUCCCAGACCAGAAACCGUGACGUUUAA